CCUGGUUUCUUUAUUGUUUUUUUAGGUUUAUAAUAAUACUUCCUCCUUUUGGAAGGAAUUUUUCUCCCUCGAAAAAAAGGGUUUCCGAUCUCUUUUGAAAUACAAGGGUUUUUGACCUUUUUCGAAAGACAAGUUUUAUCUCCUCUUUUCGAGGGAGAAAUUGCUUAGUUUUGAAUCCAUGGUAGCAAAUCUACUUAAUUGUCGUGAAAUUAUUUUGUUGGUGAAAAAGUUAUCAAGUUUUCGAAUACAAACAGAUGAAUUAGAAGGAAAACAUCCUCACGGCUACAAAGGAUCAUUAGAUUGUCUCUCCAACAAGGCUGUAAUUUUCAGCGAUAUAAGCGGGAGAUGCUCCGCAGUGCAAGAUCUAUUCGACGAUCGUAGUUUUUAUUUUUAUGAAGGAAUAUUCUAUUUGAUUCAAUAUCUUAUGUAUUUGUUAACGUCGAAUAUUUAUUGUAGAUGUCGUAUGACUUUUAAUUAAUGAAAUAUUUUUGCUUUUCAAAAAAGAAAAUUAUGAAUCCGUCAGGUUAUAAUAGUGAAGGUGUUGAUCAUUAUGAUGAUAAUAAUGAUGAAGAAAAUCAUGACGAUUAUUUGAAUGAUGAAGAAAAUCAUGGUGACAAUAUGGAAGGCGUUGAUCAUUAUAGCAUCAACGAUAAUAAUGAUGACGAACAACUUGGUGAUUAUAGUGAAGGUGAUGAUGUCGUUAGCGAAGAGGGGGAGAGGACUAAUAGUGGAUGGGAAGCCGCAGCAGGUUUCAAUAAAUGGUAUAACGUCUAUCCGUUUUCUUUUAUAGAGAAAACAAAUUUGGAGGUUGGAAACAAGAUUAUUAUGCCAGAAUCUGCUUUAAGAGAAUUGAUGGAUGAAGGAGUAGGAUUUCCGAUGCUUUUCAAGAUUGAAAAUCAAAGCAAGGAGAAAAUCUCUCAUUGUGGAGUCUUAGAGUUUACUGGUGAAGAGGGAGCGGUGUUUAUGCCCGAGUGGAUGAUGAAAAACAUGGCUCUAGAAGAUGGAGAUAUGAUACAUCUCAAGAAUGUGGAUCUUGAUAAGGCUACUUUUGUGAAGUUGCAGCCUCAUAGUGUGGAUUUUUUGGAUAUUCGAAUCCCUAAAUAUGUUCUUGAGAACGCGUUUUGUUCUGGAUAUGCUUGUUUGACUGUAGGAGAUACUAUUGUUAUUAAGCAUCAGGGGAAGACGUUGUAUGUUGAUAUUGUUGAAGCUAUGCCAUCAAACGCGGUUUGUGUGAUUGAAACUGAUGUAGAGGUUGAUUUUGCACGUCCUUUGGACUAUAAAGAGCCUCCAAAACCGGUUCCCAAACCUCUUCCUAAGCCAGAGAAAGAUGUUAAGGAACCAUUAGGUUUUGUUCCGUUUAGUGGCAGAGGAAGCAGGUUGAAUGACAGUAAUAACACGACAAAGGAAGAUUUAGCUGCUGCUGUGAUAUCAAAUACAUCGACUAAGGUGAGUUCGGAAACUUCAAACACAGGGCAGUCAGUGAAACCCUUCACCGGUAAAAAAUACAGCUUGAAGGAUUAAUAAUUUAAUUUGGGCUUAUCAGUUCGUACUAGACAAAUUUUAUGUGUGACCUAUAGUUUUUAAUAAAUAUUCUA